AUGAGCAAGGAGAUUGGCACGCUUGUCGUGGUCGUGCUCAAAGCCAAGAAUCUCCCUGACAAACACUCACUCUACAAGCAAGACGUCUAUGCACAAGCCUCCAUCCAUGGAAAGAUCAAGAAGACAGGAAUCGAUGUUCGCGGUGGGCAGCAUCCGGUCUGGGACGAAGAGCUGCGCUUCCCAAUAUACAAGAGCAGCUCAGCAGAGGACAGAACACUCGAGGUAACCUGCUGGAGGAAAGAGCUCCGCGAGGACGAGCUCAUUGGGAAGGGGCUGGUCGAUAUCUCAGACACACUGCGUACGGGCGAGUUUGAUGACACAGACUGGGUGAAGCUCGAGGUGGAGGGCGCGUACCGGGGGGAGAUGUAUCUUGAGAUGACCUACUUCGCAGCCAGCCCAGCCCCCCUCCAGCGCCGCCCCUCGAAAAUGUCCAAUUCAGAGCGACUCUCUCGCCUCUCCCAGCCCUACGUCUAUUCAAGUCUGAAUCCUGCUGUGCCGACCAGGACGCCGCCGAAGGGUCAUUCACCC